ACACGGCACUCUGACUGGUCUGACAGCAGAACUGGACGGCCUGACCGUGCGUUAGCGUCAGACUUCUCCAUGUUAGAGGAGAUCUUGCGAGCCUCUGAUUGCCUUAUAAGAUAUGGGGAACAGGAUAAGGAGGGACACCCUGCAGUGCCCAGAGAACAGGCAACAGUUCCUCGGCACAAUCAAUCGUGGGAUUCAGCCCAGUCGGGCAGCCCUGGGAUCUAACCCGUCGAUCCAGUUGUGUGGCGGGUACAAACAAAGCUAUCCCUCCCCAACCCUUCUCCCUCUCUUUGUCUUGAUCUCUUUCCGAUGCACUGUCCCCUUUUUACGGCUAUGGAUUUGUUCCAUUUCAGAGAUACUCCGUACCGCGAGUGCUCUCUCUCUCCCUCUCUCCCUCUAUUUCACAGACAGGUGAAUUAGUGAUAUAUCAAAAGGGGUAGGAUGGAUCCCACGGCUAAAUUAGUCCUAAUAGUGCCAUCUACUACGGUAUUGUCCGUUUCAGCAAGGAUGUAUCGUAUGUAAGUGACCCGUACGGAAAUAAUACUAACAGCCACUGCCAAGUGCCAAGUCGUCGGACUUGUCUCAGACGGAAGAGGAAGCGAAUGGGCCAUGUUGGUCGACUCCAUCCAUCCUGGCGCUCAAAGCUCUUUUUGGCCCCCGUCUUGGCAUGGAACUGUUGGCAGUUGGAAACAAACGUCUGGAGAACAUGGUUGUCUCUGGUAUCAAAAGACCUGUCAUGAUCUCUAUUUUGAGACGUCAGAGAGGCAGUGCUGGGAUCAAUGCAACAAUGUCAUUGAAACGAGUCUGACAGGAUUCACCCCCACUACAAUGUUACUUACCUGCGGACUCGAAAAGGAGAGCAACACAGCUUCAAUUGACGUCCACGAAGCUAAGCUCCAGGAGUUCCUCGUGCCAUUGGGUGCCACAUGGCAUCACGAGACCACUUACUUCAUGGGCUCGUAUCUCAAGGUUUACUUUUGACCUUGUUAAAGCAUUGAUACUCUCAACGACCAGGAUGCACAGACGACUCUGUACUUCAAUAAACUCAAUCACAGUGAAUAAAUUCAGCCCACCCAACAUGCAAUGCAAUGCAACAAUAAGCAAGUAACCCCCCAACAUAUCUCCGACCGUACGACACAGAACAUACCGAAAGUAAACUAUAACUGCACACACCAAAAAUUAUUGAAAGACAAAUCUUGAAAUAAAACCACCUUCUCCACCUCGAUCCCCCCCAAACCCUCUGUCCUCGGCGACCAUCCGACAAAAGGGGCAAACGGAUGGAGAAAACCAGCCACUCUCAUUGGUAUCAAAUCAACCCUUUUUGCUGAGUGAUGGCGACAGGGUCGAUCGGCCUUAUUUUUCCUUUUCUUUUUCUUUUCUUUUUCUCUUUCCUUUCUUGAUUUCGUUUCCUUUGGAGUUGAGUUGGGACAAAUGUUUCUUUCUACUCUUUGUUCAUUUUGUAUCAGUUCGGUUUACUGUGGGGUUACUCAUACUCCUUGUAGGAAGUAUCCAAAUGCCGGCAUGCAUAAAAGUGAAUGAAAUGUGGCUUUUGGUGGAAGUUAUAUUUGGAAUGGACUUGUGUCUAAGUUGUCCCGCCCUCGGGACGGACACGUUGUCCAUUGCCUGCGC